CGUAAAAUGAGUUGCCCGUUGCCCGUUACAGCAGAAUGGAUUUAAAGCGAAAACGUAUCGCAUUAGACGCGGUUAAAAAAAAGAGAAAUUGUUCAGUACUCGAAGAUAAAUUCAACUAAAAGUCCAACAAGAUAUAGCCAAUCACUUUUCAGCGUUUUGACGGCAUUCGUUUUGUGAAACAUGCUUGGGAUAUCGUCAGUGCCACCACCAUCAAAAAUUGGUGGAUUCACACAGGGGUCGUUCCUCGGGACCCUCAUUUCCGACUUGCACCAAGCACCAGCCAAUGAAACGACAGUGUUGCGAGAUCUGGUUGGUGACGUCACGGGCCGGCUUUCAAUCGACGAACGGCUGAGCAUGGAUGUUGAUGAGUUUGUCAACAUUGACAACGAAGCAGACAUUUGCUAAUAUCAGCGACGAGCAGAUUCUUGAAAAUGUUAAACAGAUUCACGACGAAACGACUGAUGACCAGGAAGAAGAGUCCGACGCUGAACCGGAGCCCAUAUAUGUAUCCAGACGUCAAAAUAUACCAGACAUGGUGACUUUGCCACACUCGCCAGACCCAGACCCAGACCCAGCUUUGUGUGUUUUGGGCCUUGUGUAUACCAUGGGUCAGAAAACCGCCAACAAGUCAUCUUGUUACUAUAUUUUCCUGGGAAGCAUUACUAAACCCCUAUAGGCCUCAACAUCGGUCACUACAGUCUAGAAAUUCCUGCUGAAAUUCCUGCACACGCGCCUGCUGUAACAGUUAACCAGUUAACCCCACAAUGCGGGGAUGGGUGGGGUGCAGUUGCCCCCCUGAGAAUCUGACUUUUUUUUACUCCAGAAAAUAGCAUACUGU